CAAAAGAGAGCAACCAACGCACGGUGCCUGCGUGAAGGAAAACGGGGGGGAGCUCAGACAAGAACCGGCUGGGCUGUUGUCGGGGUCUAAGCAUGCUACAAUAUAAAUGCUGAGUCUGGAGCUACAAUAUCUACAUUUACUUCCCGAACGGAGAUAGCUGACGGCCACACCCCGGUUCUCUUUACCUCCCGGAGUUCGCAGAACAGCGCUGGCGGCGGUUUGAAAGCCAGCAGGGGCGGCUAGCGGCUUGAAGAGCGGAGAGGAAGCAGGAGCAAUGAGAGAGUACAAAGUGGUGGUUCUCGGCUCCGGUGGGGUCGGGAAAUCCGCACUGACCGUCCAGUUCGUGACUGGCUCCUUUAUAGAGAAAUACGACCCCACGAUAGAGGAUUUCUACCGGAAGGAGAUCGAGGUGGACUCGUCCCCGUCGGUGCUGGAGAUCCUGGACACGGCAGGGACCGAGCAGUUCGCCUCCAUGCGAGACCUGUACAUCAAAAACGGCCAGGGUUUCAUCCUGGUCUACAGUCUGGUCAACCAGCAGAGCUUCCAGGACAUCAAACCCAUGAGGGACCAGAUCAUCCGGGUUAAACGGUACCAGAGGGUACCGAUGAUCCUGGUGGGGAACAAAGUGGACCUGGAGGGAGAGAGGGAGGUGUCGUCCGGUGAGGGGAAAGCGCUGGCGGACGAGUGGAACUGCCCGUUCAUAGAAACCUCAGCCAAAAAUAAAACCUCGGUGGAUGAACUGUUUGCAGAAAUAGUCCGACAGAUGAACUAUGCCACAACACCAAAUGGCGGCGAUGGGUGCUGCUCGGCUUGUGCGAUUCUUUAAGGAGAAAAAAAAGGACAAUCAUAAAGUUUUAUUCUCUACUCGGUUUUAAGUUUGCAAUGUGUGUUGCAGCGAGUCUGUACUGUUGAGCUCUUCUUCGUGUCUCACCCUGGCCUUGGAGGAAAAUGAAGGGAGGAAUGCUGCAGGGGGACGGGAGGAGGAGGGGAGCAACUGAGACAGAGGGAAGGGUUCCACUCUUGAGGAAUUCUGCUGGGUCGAGUAUCUGCACAAUCAAGCGUCCACCGCCGAUGUCAACGCAGAGUCGGAUCAGGAGUUUCAGAAAACCCAACAGCUCCUUUCCCACCGGAACUAAACUCCAAUGGAAAAGAUAGAGAGAUUAACACUUUAGAGGAACUCACAAAUGGAUAUUUCUGCAAGAGAAGAAGAUAGGGAUAUAGAAUAUAUUUUGUUAACUAACUGCACAGUUGAAGAGGACAAAAGAUUUUGGCACCCUUAACCACUUUGGAGAAAUGUUCCACAACACUCCUAAAAUCCUAUUUUAUCUUCCUUUUCAAAUUCCGAAGAAAAACCACGUAUGUGGUGGUGAUAGAUGACGAGUGCCACUUUUUCUGUUUCUCUUCACCCUAGCUAAAGCGCUAUGAAGACGCUGACCUGAUAGCCCUUUGUGUCGAGUGCCUUUCCGAAACAAAUCAGCUGUUUUUGUGCCAACCUACACGUAUCACCAAAACGACCCUUCAACAUGGCCAUUCACAAGCUUGUGAACUCUUCUUCGGGAUAAUCUUGUAAAAUGGUUGAGGCUGAAAACUUGACUAACUAAAAUAGGUUUAUUUUUAUUGUUGGUGAAAAAAGGUGGAAUUUUGUUUGUAAUAUGUUGGCCUUUUUUUUAAGUCUAUUUGCAUACUUCAGCGUCUGCUUGGUCUGGUCAGAUCUAUUUCUGUUGAAAUGCACAGGUACUGAAACCGACCUCGGUGUGAGAACAAUAAAAAAUGUUUACGUCAGACCAGUUUAUUCAAAGGAAUCCACUUUGUUUUGUUGGUUUUUGUUUUGUUUUUAAACCGGAAAUGUGAUGAUGUACCGUUGACGGAUCUAUACUGAUUGUAAGUUUAAUUUCAGAGCAGCCACACAACAGUGGGCUGUUUUAAAGACAAUUCUUUUAAUACAAUUUGCAUUUUUUAAAAAUGAA